CCACGCGACAGCUCUCCUGUUUGAUUACAGACGUCGGAGGAGUUUCGAGUCGUCGCUUCUUUCUGCGGUUUACAUUGAAGAGGUUUUACGAUGCUGAGAGGUGCACUAAAAACUGUUGGGAGCAGAUCCCAGUGCGGUGUGGAGCAACUGAUCUCUGCGCUACGCGGAGUCAGCUCAUCCUCACAACAGUUAUCUGGUUCUGGGAGAACUCAUGCUUCAUCCUGCACUGAUGGGGACCCCCCCAAAAUCCUCAUCACAGGAGGGCUGGGACAGUUAGGGGUGGGGCUUGCCUCGUUGUUGAGGAGGCGAUUUGGAAAAAACAAUGUGAUCCUGUCUGACAUCCGGAAACCACCCAACCAUAUCUACCACAGUGGUCCAUUUAUCUUCUCAGACAUCCUGGACUCUAAGAACCUCAGGGAGCUCAUAGUCAACAACAACAUCAGCUGGCUGGUUCACUACUCGGCCGUGUUGUCGGCUGUGGGGGAGAACAACGUCGCACUGGCUAAAGAGGUCAACAUCACAGGUCUCCAUAACAUAUUAGACAUAGCAACCGAACAUGGUCUGCGUGUGUUUGUCCCCAGCACAAUCGGUGCCUUUGGUCCGUCCUCGCCCAGGGACCCCACCCCUGAUCUGUGUGUGCAGAGACCACGCACCAUCUACGGUGUGUCCAAGGUUCACGCAGAGCUGAUGGGUGAGUACUACCACUACAGGUAUGGGCUGGAUUUCCGCUGCCUCAGGUAUCCAGGCAUCAUCUCAGCUGACUCCCAGCCUGGAGGAGGAACCACAGACUAUGCCGUCCAGAUUUUCCAUGCAGCUGUGAAGAGUGGUCACUUCGAAUGCAACCUGCGCAGUGACACACAGCUUCCUAUGAUGUACAUUGACGACUGUGUCAGGGCUACUCUGGAGUUCCUGGAGGCUCCGGCAGACACACUCGUCAGCCGCACCUACAACAUCAACGCCAUGAGCUUCACACCGCAGGACCUGACCCAGGAGAUCCAGAAAGUCCUGCCUGACCUCAGGGUCACCUACAACGUAGAUCCUGUCCGACAGGCUAUAGCGGACGGCUGGCCAAUGGCGUUGGAGGACAGCGCGGCAAGGCGGGACUGGGGCUGGAAGCACGAGUACGACCUCCCAGAGCUGGUGCAGACCAUGCUGACUCACAUCACUCCAGGCAACCAGGUGGCACAAGCCAACUGAGCCUUUUGCAGGAUUUCUGUAGCAACUCCAUCCAGAGCUUUACUUGAAAGUGAAUGUUACAUUGAGCAUUUUAGAGCCUUCACCAUCACACUCACACAUAAGUCCUAAAUAAACACCAACGGGUUGAUUUGACAACAUCAUUGAGCUAUAAACUUCAGUAUCUGAGGCAAAAACAUUCCAGAUCACUCCAUGUCACAUAUCUGAUUAGAUUUGUGGCUUUGCAUUCAUCUCCAUUUCUCACCAUCCGUCCUCCUCCCUGUUUUAACUCCAGCUUGUGUGCUUCAUGUGCUGCAGUCACUAUAGCAACUUACUGAACAUCAAGAGUUCUCUUUCUGAAUGUAUUAUAUGUAUGCAUAUUGUGUGUUUUAAGUAUGUUACCAGCCUGUUGUAUGCCUUAAGUGGCACUUUUGCCAUCCUCAAAAGCAGUGGGCUUUCAUCAAAGCUGCACUCUAACUGAAUAUGUACUGUAAUCAAAACAAACAGGCUUUACCGCUGCUACUGUUACUGCAGAAACUGGUAACCGUAGAUAGAAGCACUGCAGGGAUAGUUUUUACAGGUUGCUGCUUCACUUGACUUAUGUGACUUUUUCAGAAAAGGAAAGCGAGCAGAGCUGCUGGAGGAGCUGCUUGACCUUUCCACUGGGUGUUGUUUUAUUUAUAUUAAAUUAUUUCUAAUGUCCAUUUGGAAACCGCAGUCUCGGUUCUAAAUGUUUGAGUGUUGAAUCAGUUGAUGAUUAGCAGUUUUUUUGACUGCUAAAGAAGGAUAUCUGCUGUUAUGUAGGUGUGUCGAAUGACUUAAAGGGAUAUUGUAUUUUAAAUGUUUAUUUUUAAUGUAGCUUUUUUGUCAAAACUGGAGGAUAUUUGAAAAAUAAAUCCU